UUUGAACAUUUAUUUCUUUUUCCCUGUUUCCUUUUGAUAUUUUCUCAAUUUUUUCUUCAUUUUAAUCUCUUCCAUCCUCACCGGUUCUUAAUCCCUGCAACUAUUAAAAGUUCACUCACUUGUGGAUUUUGGAAACCUGCAGAGUCUUUAUGUUCCGGUUUGGAGCAGCUGGCGCAGCAAGAUUCUACGCCAGCCUGGGAACGUGCGCAUGUGACUAGGGCCACAUUCGCAACACUGUAAGUCAGAAGGUUUUACCAGUUACGCUUCUGCUUUCCUCUGACCCAUACGUGGCUUGCUUUUUUCUUUAACAAGAGGGGUGAGUUCAUUCAAAUUAAGGCGCAGGAAGAAACUUCCAACAUAUAUGUUUCCUAAGUAUUUUAUAUAUAUAUUUAUAUAUAUAUACUUUUACCUAUUGUUCUCCAAGACAAAACUUAAUCAAGGUCCAUUAUCUGAACCCUUCCUUUAUCCCCUCCGCAAACCUAAAGAUGGCUCAAGUCCCCAUUGUGGCUGACAUCAUCCAUAAGCAUGAUAGUAUCGUCAGAUCUGCAGCUGCACUCAUGUACCACAUGGAAGCAGAUCAUCUCUCUCUCUAGGGUAUAGUUUCUAUGUAUCUCAUUGCAACAUGUCUUCCUAUCCACUAAGUAGAAGUCUCCAUGACGAUUCAGACAUUCUGAAUCCCUUACCUACCUCCCAUCAAGAGGUAAAGUGUUUUGUGUGACCCUGAUAUUUUUCCUUCCUUACUUUUUUUUUAAUUAAAUGUGCAACUUAAUAACCCAUACCUUCUAGUCCCGGAUGUUUAUAUUGCCAUGUUUUCUUUCUCUUGUCUCUCUAUAGGUGUUGUCUCCACAGUCGUUCCAGAUUCUCCACACAAGCUUUUCAUUGGCGGUUUGCCCAAUUACCUCAAUGAUGAUCAGGUGAAGGAACUUCUGACUUCAUUUGGCCCCCUGAAAGCUUUUAACCUAGUGAAGGACAGUGCAACAUCUCUGUCCAAAGGCUAUGCCUUCUGUGAAUAUGUGGAUAUCAAUGUUACUGAUCAGGCCAUCGCAGGGUUGAAUGGAAUGCAGCUUGGUGAUAAGAAGCUUAUAGUGCAGAGGGCCAGUGUUGGUGCAAAGAACGCCAAUCCGAGUGCCAUUAUUCAAACACCGGUUACUGUGCAGGUGCCAGGCCUUCCAUCAAUGCAAGCUCAGAGCACGGGGCUUCCAACUGAUGUGCUGUGCCUGUUAAACAUGGUGUCACCAGAUGAACUCAUUGAUGACGAGGAAUAUGAGGAGAUCCUGGAGGAUAUCAGAGAAGAGUGUAGCAAAUAUGGGACUGUGAAAUCUAUUGAAAUCCCACGACCUUUGGAUGGGCUAGAAGUGCCUGGCUGUGGCAAGAUAUUUGUAGAAUUCAUCUCUCCUCUAGACUGCCAAAAAGCAAUGCAAGCACUAACAGGCCGAAAGUUUGCCAACAGAGUCGUAGUUACCAAGUACUAUGACCCAGAAUUGUACCACAGACGUGACUUCUAACAACACAUACCAGGUGCAGCCAACUUGCUGUCUGCAUUUCUGACUAAAAAGCUUUGUUUAUAGCAAUGACUAGAUUUGUAUAAAACAGCACAGACUUGGGUCAGUUUGUAGUAGUCAAAUUCAGUUUAUUUUUAGCACGGCUGUCUUGAUGUUGUAAGUGAUCUGAUUGAUUGAUUCGGGUAAAGAUCCAUGUUUCAGGAGUUGUAAUAGCAAGAGCCUUGUAAAUUGAAUUGUAUCUUUUUUAUAGUGUUGGGCAAAAUUUUUUUCAGCUUACAAAGCAAAGUUGUGUACAGACUGUUUCUGCCAGUCUGGUGAAACUGGUAUGAGCACUAUACCUGGUUUCAGCCAAUAAACUUUAAAAUCAAAAAUUGGUUUUACUGGUUAUACAUCAUACAAGCCAGCGCAGGUAUCUGGGCCAGUAAUAAUUGCUUCCUCCUCGGGCUUUGUGUUUCAGCUCUCUUUGUUGUCUUUGUCCUGAUUGUAAUUAAGCAAGCGGUUUUGUUGAAAUGUUCCAUCUGACGGUCGUGCUACUUUUCAAAGUGCUGGGCGGCAAAUGAUCUGGCUUCUUCAAUUCUGGAGCGACUGUAUACACAGACAUUAUUUAUUAAUUAUUACAGGACUAGCUCUAAAGCUCGUUUGUACCAUAAAGAUGUGGAGGCAACUUUAAUUCUGUUUCAAAAGCAAAUUUGCAGUUCCAGAAAUACAAUUGUACACAAACUGUUUCUUUUGUGCAUUGUGUAUAUCUGUAAACUACUUUUAUACAAAGAAUUGAUUCACAGCUUUGCUACACAAUGGGAGGGAGAAUUCUCUUAUCUAUGGUUUAUAAAUGUGAGAAUAGAUGAAGUUACAACUGUAAUCAAUACAAUUGCAAACUAGGAAAGUAUCGAGUAAAAUGCAGGCAGUGAAGGAUUGAUGUGGAAAGUAACUAUGUACAAAAUGCUAAUCUGUCUUUGCAGAUACAAUAUAAUUUAGCAAGAAAGACUAUAACCUAAUCCAACAGCAGCAAUAGGAUAAAUGUUUGUUCAAUGCCAUCUGGAGCUGGAUAUUUGCACAGCUUGUGCUAAUACAGUGGUUCUCAACUGGUGAGAAUUCUGAAUUUGUGAUCAUUUUUCACUUAAAGCAUUUAUGGAUAUGACCAAACUGCCACUGGCAGCUGAUCUGUUAUUUACAUCGGCCCCUGGUAACAGCAAUACAAAUACUAAGUAAUACAAAAUUAAACCAAUAGAACCAAAGAAUAUUUAUUCUCUCAAAUUCGGUUGUCUCUUGCAUCCCAUUAUCUGUACUGCUCUUGGAAGUAUUUGGAAUUUUACAAUGAAAACAACAGCACAGAAACCCUCCUUCCAACCCAACCAGUCUGUGUUGGUGUUUCUCCUUCCCACAAUUAGUCCCUAUCCCUUGUGACUCAUUUUCCUUCAGCAAAUUGUAUUAACCAAUUCUUGAAAUUGACAAGUGGGCAGUCUUAUGUAAUUACUAACUAGGAAAAAUGCAAAUAAACAAAUAAUUGGUAGGUUCUGCUAAGUGGCAUGGAAUCUUGAGUUUUGCUUUUUACACUGCACUUAAGUGAUGUUUAGCACUAAGGUGAUAAAUGUGAAAAUCUAUCCUGUGGUUUCAGCUUUUAAAUGCUCAUUCUGGGUAUAAGUUCCACUUGUCUGUUUUAAAGAAACUGUCCUCUUGUUCUAAUUCCUUCGUUUGCUGAGGUGAUUUUUGUCUCAUUCCUUCAGAAUUUUAAACAUCUCUGAAAUCAUACUAUAAACUCUUCUGUUUGCUCGUCUUUACUAUUUGUAUCUUCUCAUACCAGGGACAGUAAUGCCUUAGCACCCUUUCUAUAAUGUAAAUUCAGAACGGUAUCUACUGUUCCCAGCUGUGACUUUUAAAUGAUUUUAUAUAGAUUUACCAUUGUUCAACUUUUAUAUUCUGCGCCUCUUGACAUAAAAUACUGUUAUUGUCAUUUUUUAAUGGCCUUAUUCACAUGCGGCUUUUGAUCGUGUCCUAGCCAAUAUUGCUCAAUCAGCAGCACAAAAAAUACCAUCUAAUCAAUAUCAUAUUGCGGUUUGUGAGAGUUUACUUGACAAAUUCACUGCUGCAUUACAACAAUGACCACACCUUUCAAAAGGUAUUUCAUUAUAAAACGCUUUGAGAAGUCACGUGUUUGCAAAAAGCAAAUGAAAGUCUGCCUUUAAUAUCUAAGGAACUUUUACCCUUAAAUCUUUCUGUUGUUCCACAUCAACCAAUCUUUCAUUAUUCAAAGCCUAAUUCUUUUUUAAACCAAAAUGCAUUUUUGUUUGUGGUGAAUGAAAUUAGUAGAUGAUGAGACUAAGGAACUAUGGCAUAAAGAAAGCAGGUUUGACAAUUGAAAUCUGAGCAAUUGCCUUGAACCUGACUGAUGGUUUGACCAGAAUCUGCAGCAGAAGGAGUUCACAAGAUGAAGGCUAGGGAUUGGCUGCUGACUAAUUUGCAAUGUGAGAGAUUGAAGUUAACCAACAGAAGAACACUGUAUACACAAAUCAGCUUUGAAUUGUAAGUGCAAAGGGUAAUGUUAAUUAAGGUUCAGAAACUGGAAACUCACUCAUUUGAAGCUGUGAACGAAUACAUUCCUUUUCUGUCUUCUUCCUACCCUCUCUCUUCCCCCCUCCCCACCCCCAAAACCUUGCAAACAACCAGGAAAAUAAGCACAUGUUCAUUUUGAUUCUUUAGAAGUAAUUUGAAGCUACUGCCAUGUCUUGCCCAGCUAGUUCCCAUUUAAUUGGGUGUUUGUACAUUAUUAAAACGCUUAAAACACAUUUAAGCAGAAUCUUUCUCCACAGUUUUCCCACAAGCAGUAGGAUGCAGCCUGCCUAACCUCUGAAAAUCGUAGCCUGUGACAGAGAUAACCAAGCAAAAUGUUGUUAGGUAGCAUCUCACAGACUACAAUUCUAACUGCAGACUUUCUCGAAGCCAUCUGCUCUUUUCAAGUGAAAGGGAGAAAUCCUGUUCUGCAGCCAAGGGAGGAAAGAAGGCUCAGAUUUGUUUGGAGAGUUGAACAGGGUUCAGCAGGAAAUGGGGAGCAAGUAUCCAUUGUUUUCUUGAAUGACCAUUGCUUGUUAAAAAGUACAGGUAUUCAACAAUGAGUGAAACACUGUAAUGAGAUGCUUUGGUGAAAUCCAGUUUAUAAAUAUGCCAUAUAUACUCCAAUGCAUUGCCAGGUUGAAGUUGUGUUGCAUAAUUUUGGUUGAUGCCUUCAAAAUGAACUAAUUUGUUUUUCAUGCACCACUGCACAUUUUGUUUUACCAUUUAAUGUAGAUUGUUGAUUCUAAACAUACAAACUACUGCAUAAUCUGUGACAUAUCAAGGUAAGUGAAAUUGUCAACAUACUACUGGCAUAUUCAAUAAUGAUUUAUGCUGAAUGAGAAGAUAAACUAAUGGUAACAUUGCCACCAAAGGUGAUUUUCAAUCUAUUUGCUUGACUGCUGUAUUUGAGAAUAAUAUUUUGUGUUCCCACUGUUCAUUCAAACAUUUUACUGACCAAUUUUCAUCCAGAUUGUCAUUUUCUUAAGGUAACUGUGUGCAGUUGUGUAUUGUAUGUGCUUUCUUUUUUUCUCUUCUGAGUUGCACAUGUGACAGGAUUAAUGGCAAUGCUGCUGCUGGACCUGUAUUGUCUCUGGUUGAUCCCUUCAUCAGCACUAUAUAAACGUAAGGAAGGUUCAUCAUAUCACUACGGUGCAUGUAUGUACCAUUAAAAUCUCGUGUUAAGAAACAUUAAUGCUCAUGACUGGUGUGUAAAACCAAAAAUGCUGAAUUUUUUGCUGAAUUUGUACAUAAUUAAAACCUUGUUUGAAUGAC